UCUCUCUUGCUAGAAAAUAAACCAAAGAAAGAAAAGAAAAGAAAAUGGCAAUAAGAAAAUCAAACAGACUUCCUCAAACGGCAGUGCUGAAGCAAAUCCUGAAGAGAUGUUCAAGCCUAGGCAAAAAGCAGCAAGACUACGACGAGCAAGGUCUUCCCUUGGACGUCCCAAAGGGACAUUUUGUCGUUUAUGUGGGAGAAAACAGAAGCAGAUACAUUGUCCCAAUCUCUUUCCUCACACGCCCCGAGUUCCAAACCUUGCUUCAACAAGCCGAAGAGGAGUUUGGCUUCGACCACGACAUGGGUCUUACCAUCCCUUGCGAAGAAGAAGUUUUCUUAUCUCUAACGUCCAUGCUCAGAUGAAGUGAAAACUUAUCAUUUUUUUAACCUUUCCUUUUUUUUUUUGAGGGAGAAAAUGGCCGAGUAAGAAGAAGCUGCUGUACUGCUUCUCUGUUUCAGUUUUCUCUCUUAUUUUCGUUUUGUUUUUCGGGUGGGUGGUUAUUUUAUUACAGAGACUCUGACCCAAAAGACAGAGAGGUACUAGAAGAAAAGAGAAGAAACCCAGGAGUAUUGGUUGAUAUCUGGGGUUGAAUGUAAAAAAAAAAAA